AUGGCGGCGAGCAUGAUGGGUAACAACACCAACCUGAGCACCUCUGAGAUGUACGCUGCCUGCAUGGUGGCCUCCACGGUAGGAGGAUGCCUGUCUUCUCUGGGCUGCUGUCAAGACGCCAUGACGAUUCUCCCAGCCGAGCUGGCCUCCAUGGACCUCAGCUUUUGCGACAGCCUUUCCGGGUUGCCCCCGCCUCCGUGCCCAGACGAUGAGGAUGAUGGUAAAGGUGAUGAAGGAAGUGGAGGCUACAACGGCUACAACGGAAUGGGUGGAGAGUCGACUACGACCUCGCCGUACGGAUACAAGGAGUGCCAAGAUGACAUGAUGCCCUCCUGUCAAGAGCAAGCUGACAACAUCACUGGCGUUCUGGCCAUGAUGGGCAUGACCAACGACACCCUCCACGCGUCCUUCCCCGAUCCGAGUGCUUACCUCACCUGCUUGGUGGCCGCCAUGUACGAAUCCUGUAUGUCUGCUAUCGGCUGCUGCGACAGUAUCGAGCAGAAAGCGGAUUGCCAGGAUGUUCUCACUGGGAUGCCACCGACGGCUUGUUCCGACGGCAGUGGCGGCUCAGGUGGCGGCGGCUACAACGGUGGCCCUGGUGGUGGCGGUUCAGAUGACUUCGGGGCGGAAUGCAAAGGUGAUUCCAGGACGUGGAGUGCUGGUUUCGGAGGAUGCGACACGUAUGGACCUGGUGGCGUGAACGAUGGCUGGUGCAUGCUUGACUCAGACAGCAGCGGCGUCUAUGCCGGGGAGGCCUGCCCGGAGUGCGGCACGUGUACUGCGGCUCCUCAAACCGCACAGGUCUUCAUGGCCGUGGCUUGCUCUUGGUGCAGAAUCACUGCCUGGACAUCCUCGAGCCUUUGCCUGGGCGAGGCGGACUCCGUGCUGGAGGAGUGCUCGAACGCGACCCUGGCGGCCAUGGGCUUCGCCUUCACUCUGGAGAAAGUCGAAUCUGAUGUUUGUUCGUCAGGCAAGCAGUGCACCAUCUACACGGACGAAGCCGACUUCUUCCCAGCCGACGCAGAACAGCCCUGCACGACCUUCGCGCUGGCGCAGAAGAACUGCACCAGCGAAACGGUCGAAGGCGCCUUCUUCAUUCGCUACGGCUUAGCCCCGCUGAUGCUGCCGGUGCUGGCUGGGACGGUCCCAGACGAGUUGCUCGCUAGCUGGAGCCAGUGGACGAUGCUGAUUAUGAGCCUUCGGCCCUACGCCCUGGCCCGAGAAGCCAGCUGCUUCUGCGAUGCGUGCGACUAUGCCGGCACCGCUGCGGACUACAUGCUGAGUCCAGCGAACUUGAUGCACCUGGACCUGAUCGCCAUGGAGGGCUACAAUGGCAGCUACACGGAGAACCAGCAGCACGUGGUCCUGGACGCAGCUUGCCCCAUGCUUGCUGCACAAGGCUGCUUCGCGAAUCACACGGCCUGCAGCGGCCUCUCCGCAGCCCUUUCGUUCUUGGGCACCGACUUCGAGACCAGCUUCAGCAUUGACGACGCAGCCUGCCAGGGUGCAGGAUAUCCAGUGGACGGCAGCAAGCACACCGUGGAGUGCGGUGCCAACUACACAACCUGUCGAGGCAUGUUCCAAGACUACUGUGGGGCCUCGGACUGCUCGGGAGGUGGGGGGCUCUGCAAUGCGAACGAGAUCCUCUGCUUCCGGAUCUAUGCAACGCACUACGGCCCGUCAGGUCUCGGCCUCACGCACUUGUUCUGCUCUCCAUCCUCGAGUGGGUGCGCCUGCUAUGAUACCGAGGUGCAGUGCACCAGCGAUGGUUUGACGUACUGCGCCCCGACGCACAUUGGCUGCGAGGGCGGCCCGGAUGAUGAUGACGGCUCGAACUCCGGCGGCUAUGGCGGGGGCAACAACGUCUACUGCGAGGAGCAGUACUGCUACCUCAACGUCUACGCGAACGGUGAGAUCGACUGGGACGCCACCUACUCGCAGUCGCCAACCUGCAAGACUUUCGACGAAGGCUGCCCCUGCAACUCACAGUACGAGGUGGAAUGCGACAGCUUCGGCUACAAGUACUGCGAGCAGAUUAGCGUCGGAUGCUACGACCCCUUCGACAUCACGUGCGCCGGCUCCGAGAUCAAGUGCCAGGACGAGUACAGCAGCUACUGCUGGGACCCAGCAUGGGGUAGCUGCCCCCUCUUCUGCAACAGUACCGAGACAUACUGCCACAGCUACGGCUUCGACGCGACUGGUGAAUACAACUAUUCGGACUACCAGGAGUUUUGUGCGCCGAGUGCCACUGGCUGCCCCUGCAAUGCGCAGUGGGAGCAGAAGUGCACAGACCAGUGGGGUUACAGCUGGUGCCAGUCCAAGUCCUACAGCUGCCCCCUCACCUGUGCUGACGACGAGCAGGACUGCUACAUGACUCCCUUCGGGAGCGAUGGCCUGCCAGACUGGAGCCUCUCGCACAACCAGACGUGUCACCCCAUCGAUCAGUCCUGCCCUUGCCACCCGACCUACGAGCAACAGUGCCACGACAACUGGGGAACUUGGUGCCAAGUGUUGGCCUGGGGAUCUUGCCCAGUGCAGUGCACCACCGACCAGAUCGUCUGCUGGGUCACUCCCUACAAUUCGGAUGGCACCAUUGACUACUCUGGGACUUGGACGGAGACCUGCGGCAACGCAACGGAAGGCUGCCCCUGCAACCCGACAUGGGAGCGGCAGUGCACAAGUUACGGCUACACAUACUGCGAGAGCAUCUCCAACAGCUGCCCUGUGGAUUGUGGGAACGCCGACACCUGCUACCACUACCUUUCAGGCAAUGAGUCCUGUGCCACUUCCUCGGGUUGCGUCUGCGAGGGGGAUGAGAUCAGCUGCGCCAAUCCGGACACGGGCCUGGCGGAGUGCUACCCAGCAGAGUGGUACCCGUCUGGCUGCCCGGUCUUCUGCGCGCACAACGAGAUGUACUGCUCGGUGGUCUCCUUCGACAACAGCGGCAAUAUGCAGUGGCAAGACUACUGCCUGAACGGAGACGCAAACAACUGGUGGUGCCCAGUGACCUGCGACAAUGCCACUUCGCAGAAGUGCGGCACGCCUGGUGCCUACGACGAGCACUGCGUGUCCCUGUCGGACAGCUGCCCGGUCAGCUGUUCAGAGCAAUACUGCUGGGUGGACAACUACGAUACCAAUGGCAACUGGCUCGACAGCUCCGAGUCAUGUGCCUCUUGGGCGGAGGACUGCCCGUGCGGAAACAAUGCCGUCAAGUGCACUGACCCUUUCUUCGGCUACUCCUACUGCACCGCCACGUCUUGGGGCUGCCCCCUUGUUUGCGACCCCGUCAACGAGAAGACCUGCUACCCCGUCGCCUACACGCUCGAGGGUGAGCAAGACUGGAACGCCCCCGUGAACGAGAGCUGCCAGAAUGUCACACAGACGUGCCCUUGCGGCGCCAAUGCGAAGAUGUGCAGAUGGACGGACGAGUGGGGGUACGACAACGAGGUCUGCUACCCAACGGCCGAGACCUGUCCCGUGAGCUGCAAGUCGACUGAGCAACGCUGCUACAUCUUGGACUACGCGACGAACGGCUUCCCUGGCGCUUUCCGAGAGACGUGCGUGUCAGCCACGGCCGUGUGCCCCUGUGGCACCAAUGCGCAGCAGUGCCACGAUCCCCACUGG